ACUGUUUGACAACAUGGCCAAGAUGAAAUUCCAGCUGGACUCUGAGCAAAAGCCGACGAAAACUGGCCUGGGGAUGUACAGUAAAGAGGAGGAAUAUGUCAGCUUCAGUGAGCCCUGUGACUGUAGUGGGCAGGUUGAAAUUUGGCUGAAUCAUGUGCUGGACAGCAUGAGGGCUACCGUGAGACAUGAGAUGACAGAAGGAGUGACUGCUUAUGAAGAGAAACCAAGAGAACAGUGGCUCUUUGACUACCCUGCCCAGGUGGCACUGACCUGUACCCAGAUCUGGUGGACCACGGAAGUUGGAAUUGCCUUUGCCAGACUGGAAGAAGGAUAUGAGAAUGCAAUGAAGGAAUAUUACAAGAAGCAAGUGACCCAGCUGAAUACCCUCAUCACCAUGCUCAUCGGUCAGCUCUCCAAGGGUGACAGACAGAAAAUCAUGACCAUAUGUACUAUUGACGUACAUGCUCGGGAUGUCGUAGCUAAGAUGAUAGCUCAAAAGGUUUGCCGAUAUACCACAAGACAUUACGCCUUUUCAGCACUGUCAUUUACUGUGUCCUAGCAGUGUCUGAUAUUAGAGCGCAAACCUCCCAACGAGUUAAUGGAGUAAGGAAAAUGGGACCAUCUUUGAUCUUCCUGAAAUAUGAAAAUGUGUUGUGGCCCCAGUAGCUUCUCGUGUCCCAGUCCU